GAUGGCAGAAGCUUCUGUGGCUAGAGCCCUGAUUUUGUGAAAUCCACUGGGAAAUGGAACUAUGUUGCUCUAAGUUUCUCUGACAGGGAAUUACCCAGCUACAGGUCACAAGAAACCCCAUGAGCCAUCCAUAAUCUAGAUGCAAGUACUGAAGGAAAUGCAGCAGGCAGGAGGACAAGCAAUGGACCAAAAAGCUGUACUGAAGGUGGCAUUUUCCGGGGUAAGUGGCGGCUCAUUGGAACGCCCUGCAGGAAGGAAGGCGAUGCCAGACACGGGCACAGGCACAGCAGAUGAGGUGUUUGGGAAGGCUUCUCCAUUAGCUUGGCUGCAUAAAGUGUUGGUCCUAUCUGAGCCACCAUCAUGUGUGUCUGCAGCAAGGACUUCUCCAGCUCCUUUGCUGAUUUCUACAAAGAAGCCUGGCUCCCAUCGCAGGGGUCUUUCAAGGGGAAAGAACAAAGGCAAAGGACACCAGAAACCCCAUGAGCCAUCUGAAAACAUGAGGCAAAUGCUGAAGGAAUUGCUGCAGGCAGGACAAGAGAAGGACAAAAAAGCUGUGCGGAAGGCGGCGUUUCCCAGAGGAAGCAGUGGCUCCAUGGCAGCCUCUGCUGCAGGAAGGGAGGCCAUGCCAGGCACAGGCCCAGGAGAUUGGGAUCGUGACAUGGAUUCCAUGCUUGUCUUUGUGGAUGAGAGUUUGAAGACCUCAGCAGAUAGUAGAGCUAACCCGGUUGGUGAAAGUGAUCUGGCUUCCCAACCCACAUUCAGGAAUGAGCCUCUGGGAGAUGCUGAGGGUGUGUCUGCAGGGAGGACUUUCCCAGGUCCUUUGGUGGAUGUUGCACGCAGGCCCAGCUCCCGUCACAGGGCUCUCCUGAGAAUGGAGAACAAACCUAGAGGAGACAGGAAGUCCCUGGAGGCAUCCAAACACAUGGAGAAGAUGCCGAGUGAUCUGGAGAGACGCCAUGAUGCAGCCGGCACCACAACACAUGCUGACAACAUCGGGAAGAGCACAAGAGUUUUCUGCUGGGUAACACCGUGUUUGAAGAAGUUGAUGGCCAUUGUGGCUGGUGCAGCACUUUGCCUGAUGAUGUGCAAUGCCGCAAUCUGGUAUUGCUGGAAGAGAAAAUGGCAUCACAUUGAAGAAAAACUGAAAGCUGCUGGCUGGACAUGAGAUCUCUACUGCUGGAACAGCAACAGCAGCAUCUCUGACUCGGACGAGUUUUCAUUUUAGCACCACCAAGCUCUACGGUGACUUGAGGCCCCCUCCUUCCAGUACCGAAGGUGAAAGCCCCCUGGAAAGGCUGUGGGAAGUGCUCAAGUGAAUAUUGACUGAGAGCUUCCAAAAUCUGCUUCCAAAUUUUCAAAGUAGUUUUAGAAUCCUGAAAUGCAACCCUAUUUUCUAUUCACUUUUCUUUUUUAGAAAUAUUUAGAAAUAUUUUUUUGUAGAAACAAAUCCCCCAAUGUUUCUUCCCCACUUCCACAAUAUGUCUAUGUUUUUGAAAGUAGUUUUACAGUUCUGGAAAGUUU